AUUAUCCACAGUUUCCUGUAUCCUUCGCUGUUGAACUUGCUCGCUACAAUGACCGCGUCCCGAGUUGUUACGAGAUUAGCUGGCGUUUCUGGGGCGCUUGCCGUGGCUGCUGGGGCGUACGGAGCACACGGCUUCAGACGGAGUGACCGAGAUGACUACUUGAAAGAGCUGUAUGAGACCGCAAACAAGUAUCAUUUCUACCACAGUCUGGCACUCCUAGGUGCAGCCCACUGCCGGAAGCCUGCCGUGGCUGGCACCUUACUAGUGGCUGGCAUGGGGUGCUUCUGUGGAUCCUUGUACCACCAGGCGAUUACUGGUGACCCCGGCCUCAGCAAGGUGGCACCGAUCGGGGGCACACUGCUCAUUGCUGGCUGGGCUGCAAUGAUCAUUUGAACUCUGAACUUUGACCUCUCUCUCUCUCACUCAUUUGGUAGCCUUGCACUUGAAUCCCUCAGUGUGACAGCGGAGUAUCUGGACAACUUUUGUGCAGUCUACAUUGGCCACUCAACUGUCACUGACUUUUUUUUUUUUUUUUUUUUUGACAUCCGAGUUGCAGUUACCCACAGUUCCCUAGUGUCCAGAGGGACCUGCGCUGCUUAUGUUAAUCUGGCGUAUUGUAUUCUGUUGAAGUUGACCCGUACUGAAGGUUUCAUGCCGCCUGUGUCUGCCAUGCCUGACUGCCUAGACAAGAGCGGUGGAGACGUGUCAUCUGCUAGGCUCCGGGAGGCGGGGGAGAGAGAGAGAGAGAGAGAGAGAGAGAGAGAGAGAAUGUUGUAAUGUGUGUCUUAUCACAAACCUCCGUUUCAGACGCGUCUGUGAGACGAAGAUAAGACCUCAGGAUCACAUACCCCUCCUAUCCCCUUUUUUGACUCCUCCAACCCCCCCCCCCCCCACACACACACACACACACACACACACACACACACACACACACACACACACACACACACACACACACACACACACACACACACAUACAGUACCUAUUUCACUUCACCAUGGAAAUUGCUGUUUCUUGUGUGCUGCCCACACAAAAAUAUAUCUAUUUGAUUCGUCCAUGCGUGUAUAUAUUUUCAAACUACUGUAUGUGUUUUCCCCAUGUACCCAAGAAUAAAGCUUUUUUUGAUGCAAA